AUGGCUCCAGAAAAUCACUCCACAGUGACUGAGUUCAUCUUGACUGGGCUUUCACAGAAGUCAGAACUCCAGCUGCCCUUCUUCUUUCUUUUUCUAGGAAUCUAUGUGGUCACAGUGGUGGGGAAUCUGGGCAUGAUCACCCUUAUCCUUCUCAGUUCUCACCUGCACACCCCCAUGUACUAUUUCCUCACCAGUCUCUCCUUCAUUGAUCUCUGCCAUUCCACUGUCAUUAUCCCCAAAAUGCUGGUGAACUUUGUGACAGAGAAGAACACCAUCUCCUACCCUGAAUGCUUGACUCAGCUCUACUUUUUCCUCAAUUUUGCUAUUUCAGAAUGUCACAUGUUGGCUGCAAUGGCCUAUGAUCGCUAUGUUGCCAUCUGUAGCCCCUUGCUUUAUAAUAUAGCUAUGUCUCAUGAAACCUGCUUUUCUCUGAUUUUAGGGGUGUAUAUAGUAGGUGUGGUUUGUGCAUCAGUUCAUACUGGCUGCUUAAUUAAGAUUCAUUUCUGCAAUGAUGUGAUCAACCACUAUUUUUGUGAUCUCCCUCCCCUUCUGAAGUUAUCCUGUUCUAGCACUUACAUCAAUGAAUUGUUGGUUCUAUGCUUUGGUACAUUUAACAUCUUUGUCCCAAGUCUGACCAUCCUUGGAUCUUACAUCUUCAUCAUUGACAGCAUCCUCCGCAUUCACUCCACUGAAGGCAGGUCCAAAGCCUUCAGCACCUGCAGCUCCCACAUCUCUGCUGUUUCUGUCUUUGGCUCUGCCACAUUCACGUAUUUGCAGCCAUCCUCAGUCAGCUCCAUGAACCAAGGGAAAGUGUCCUCUAUGUUUUACACCAUUAUUGUGCCCAUGCUAAACCUUAUCUACAGCCUGAGGAAUAAGAAUGUCAAUCAUGCUCUAAAGAAACUGCUAAAGAGAAAAACAUUUCUGUAA